GCUCCGUUACAUUGCCACCGACCAGGGGUAAACCUGGAAAACUAUAAAUUACAUGGUAAAUUCCCAAUUCGACCGUUGCAAAUACAGUAUUCAACUUAAAACAUUUCUUUCCCGUUUGGCGAAAAGCGGCAACCCCUCACUGUUCUCUCAAAAUCUCCCACAUUUUCUCUUCCACUUUACACUUCCUCCGUUUGUAUACAAUUUUCAUGGAAGAUCAGGGCACGAAUUCGUUGAUGAUGGAGCCGAAACCCCCACAUCCACUUCACCAAAUCGCAGAAACGCCGACUCACAAGUUGCUCCUCAGGCAAUGGCCAAAGGAAGAAGAGUUGAUCCUCAACAGGGUAGCCCUGAAGGAGACCCAGAUUGAUUCUGUACGUAAAGAAAUCAUGCAGCUCUAUGUCUUCUUCUUCCUCUCCCACUCCAUCGCGCUCCUUCUCCUCUUCAAUUCCUCCUCCAACGGGGGCCUGCCACAGGUCAUGGAUCCCAUCACUCUGUUCUCUCCUGUGCUCCAUGGGGAUAAUCUGGGCUGCACGGUACAAGAUGGAUGUUGAAGAGCAUUUGGAGAAGAUGCUGGAGAGGAAGAAAGAGGAUGGGAAGUUGUUGGGGAAGUGUGCGGAGGAGUUGAAGAAAAAGGGUGUAGAGUUUGAUUUGUUGAAGAAGGUUGUUGGAUGUUUCAGUGGCAAGAAAGGGGGUAUGAGAGGACUUGGAGGAGAAGGAGAGACACCCGUGGAGUUACCUCAUUUGGUGAGCUUAGCUUGCUGCACUUUGCUGCCACCGUGCUUUGGUGCAGCCCUCCUUUCUUUUCCUUUUGCUGCCACUUGUGCAGCCUUCUUUUCGUUUGCUGCCUCUUGUGCAGCUUUCACACCACAACUCCAACAGAGGUGGAUGCGCUGAGGAGGGCAAAGAGCAUGAGAAUGGAAGCGAAGGUUGUGAGGAAAUGGUCUAGUAGGGAUUUUGUGACAUUAUUCUUCUUCACUGUGUCAUGUUUGGUUCUUGGAUUGACAAGG